GUCGUGUUCAGCUUCCUUUCAAACAGCCAAACUUGCCUUGCGAUCGGCUACAAAGUUCUCGCCAUGUUAGAACUCAACCUCUUCCCAAAUACAGGCGGGACAGCAGCCAGACAGGGUUUUGCGUUAGCUGCCCGAACCCCUGGAGUGUGCUGUUUGCGGAAGAACGGUUCAGUCUUGAUGGUCGAAAGACGAUACAAGGGCACAGAAAAGACGUGUCCGUUGUUUAAGCCAGCAGCAAACUCUGUGCUACGUCAGUCGUCUGCAGCCAAAACAGUGGGCUUUGAGGUGAAAGGACUCCUACUGGUAGGUGAUUCAAACCUAGCCUUGGUUGCUAAUUCACCUGUUAAUCUAGGAGGUUCGAUCACAGCAUCGGUGGAUUCUUGCAUGACUUUAUAUUCUUCACUCCUGAACUCAGGCGAAAUGGGGAUAGACGGAAUAUGUAGACAUAAUCUACAAAAAUGCCACGGCCCACCUGAUCAAACAAAUCACUAA